AUGGAAUCUCCAAGACAGUUAGAAACCGAUACCGUAGAGUAUUGGAGAAUGCAAGCUAAACAUUAUGAGCAAAAAGCUAACGACAUUCAACAAGAACUAGAUGAGUACACAGAAAAUUCAGCACAACUUGAGAAAGAAUUAGAAGCAUCAUUAGUACAAGUUGAAAAACAGAAUAGAGAUUUGGAAUUUCAAAAUCAACGUUUAAAAAAUGAAAUUGAUAUACUCAGGAAAAAAUUAGAACGAAGUCAACAUGAAACAAAUGCCUUAGAAAGUGAAUUACAAGCAUUAAAAAUAGAAAAGGAGAAACAAGCAAUUUACAUAAGAGAAAUCGAACAGAAAAAUGAUGAUCUUGAAAGGGGACAAAGGGUUAUAUCGGAGUCAGUCUCAUGUAUAGAAACAUUACUAAACCAAGCAUAUGAAAGAAAUGCUGUUUUAGAAAGUGAAGUAGAUGAAAUUGAAAACUUAAGAGUUAAACUUCAAAGAGCAACCGAUGAGGCCAGAGAUCUCAAACAGGAAUUAAAAGUUAUAGAAAAAAUACCAGAAUAUAAGAAGGAAGAUGGCAGUGUAAAUGAAAAUGUGUGCAAUGGACACAUCUCAAAUACAUCUCGAACACAAGUUGAAAUAGAAACACAAACUUCAAUAUCUUCACCACAGAAACGUGAAAUCAACGGCAAUGCAAUGACACCUUCUUCCCGAGUUACGGCAAUAAAUAUAGUUGGAGAUCUGCUGAGGAAAGUGGGGCUUGAAAGAUUUCUUUGCCGUGAAUGUGGUAAAGUCAAAUGCUCAUGUGAUACAUCAGUCACUGUUGACAAUCAUACCCCUCCAUUGGACGUAACCAAAGAAAAGGAGUCUAAAAAAGAAUUUAAUGAAGAAAGCUAUAUAGAGUACAGAAACCCAAUAGAAUUCACACGCCAGUUAUCAAAGCCUGAAGAGUCAAAUGAUAUGCCACAGAAAUAUUUUUCACAUAGGUCCUCUGAACAGCCGUUUGAAAGACCCGUCCACAAUGAAAGUGGAAAACUACGAAGAUCUUUUGCAGUUCGAUCUAGAGAAGGGCUAGAGAAUUUGUUGAGUUUUGCCUCCAUUAGGAAGGAUCAAGCCAAAUCAAAACAAGUGUUAAAAUAG